AUGCGUGGACAAGAGGCAACAGCCAAGAAGGCAAUAGCUGAAGGAGCCAAUGUCCAACUUCUCUCUGAAGUUAACCGGACACCGCUUUCAUGGGCAGCCUUUAAAGGCCAUGAGGCAGUAGUCAAAUUACUUCUCGCGACGGAUGGCGUUGAUCCAGAGUCUAGAACCUCAGGAGGAGAGACUCCACUUUCUCUGGCGGCGUGGAACGGCCAUGAUGAGGUAGUAAAGCUACUUCUCACCACAAAGGAAGUCAAACCAGACUCUAAAACCUCAAGGGGAGAGACGCCGCUAUCUUUAGCAGCAUAUAGGGGUCACGAGGAGGUAGUCAAGCGGCUGCUCGCAACUGACGGCGUUGAUCCAUCCUCUAGGAAUUUCACCGGAGAAACACCGCUGUCGGUAGCGGCUGGGAACGGUCAGGAGGGCGUGGUUAAGCUACUACUGGAACAAGAGAGUAUUGAUCCGAACACAAAGAACUUACGAGGGGAAACUCCACUAUGCUGGGCCGCAGGCAACGGACACGAGGCGGUUGUUAAGCUACUGAUCAUGAACAAGGUUGAUCCAGAAUGUAGGGAUGCUGACGGACGAACACCACUGUCGCUAGCGGCAGGGCGGGGUUUUACAGAGGUGGUCAAAUUGCUACUCGCGGUGAUAGGGGUUAAUCCAGACUCCAAAGAUCUUGAAGGAAUGACACCAUUAUCAUGGGCGACGGGAGAGGAACAACAGGAGGUAAUCGAGAUUCUGCUGGCCACAGAGGGCAUCAACAAGGACGCGGUCAAGAGACCCCGCCUUCGUUUGCGAAUAAGAGCACCUUCGUUUUGA